AUGAGAGAAUAUUUUGUGACAUCCAAUUCAACCCCCUCUUUUUCUCUCCUCCCAAGUCAACCUCACCUCAUCAUUUGGUCUUUCUUCUUUCCACGCUCCACCUCAUUUCCCACUCCUCUCUCUCUCUCUCUCUCUCUCUUCCCCCCUAUAUAUCCCACAGAUAUUCCAUGCUCUCCCCUCCAAAGGAGAAACAUGAAGGUGCAUCAGCUCACUCGUGGCUUUUGGGAGCAUGAGCCCUCGUCUCUCAGCUGCAAGCGCCUCCGCCCACUUGCACCCAAGCUCUCCAGCGGUGUCGGCGACGGGGUCACCCCUAUAGACUUGAAGAGUUUCAUUAAGCCUGAGAGUGGACCUAGGAGUGUUGCAUCCAUGGAUGACAAGCGAGAUACAACUCAGGCAGAAGCGCACUCUGGAGGCACGCGGUGGAACCCAACCCAAGAACAGAUUGGAAUCCUGGAGAUGCUCUAUAGAGGCGGCAUGAGAACGCCAAACGCACAACAGAUCGAGCAAAUCACAGCCCAGCUUGGGAAGUUUGGGAAGAUAGAAGGGAAGAAUGUGUUUUACUGGUUCCAGAAUCACAAAGCACGGGAACGGCAGAAGCAAAGGCGUAAUUCACUUGGCCUCGCCAAUUCUCCAAGAGGCCCAGCCAUUGCCAUUUCCAGCAGUAACUCUACCGGAGAAGUGGGAAAGGAGGAUGAUAGUUACUGCAAGCGCAAAUGCAGGAGUUGGGGCGUUUAUAGCUUGGAAGAAGACAGUAACAGAUUAUGUGGUGGUUUCUCAUUCCAAGAAGAAGAAGAAGAAGAAGAAGAGGGUGAUAGAACUCUAAUGCUGUUCCCUUUACACCCAGAAGGCAGAUGAAAGGAGUUUAGUUCUUCCCUUUCUUUCUUUAUUUCUCAAAAAUGUGUGAGGAUUUGCGCAAGGAGAGCUUAAUUAGCCAAUUCGUGGAUCUUGGCCACCCAUCAAGGUUAGGGGACCAUAAAAAACACCCCUAGUCCUAAGAAAAAUCAAGAAAGUCCACUCAUCAGGUGAGCCACAGGCCAUUUGUCUCAUACAUGUGGACCACCUGAUUUUUGGUCCAGGACAUGUUCAAGUUGGACCCUACCUGAUGAAUGACCCAGAUUUUGCUGCGAGUGGCCUUCUCAAUUUCUCUUCGCGCGAAUCGCUGUAGCACUUUCUGUGGUUGAUUUCUUUGGGAAAGGAAGAAGGAAGGAUAUUGUUAUUUUUUUUUACCUUCUCUUGUUAUUGUUCCUUUGAAGGAAGAGCUUGUCUCACUUUAUUCCUUCCUAUGGGAUCCUUUUUUUGACUACAAGGCUGAGCAUUUGUAGUACGGGUUACUCUUUUCCAAUGCCUCUCCUCCUAACCUUUGUUUCAAGUCAUCUUUUCAGUAAGGGAGUCUCUCUUUGCAUUGGAUUCUUCUUCCUCCUCUACAUAAAUCCAUCUACUCCUUGUAUGUUGUAUCAGCAUAACCCAAUCUCUUAUUAGUGGUAUGUACAGUGUAUGUGUGUAGUUAAAUGGUAUGGUCAUCUUCGUAUGGUUU